GUUAUUGCGGUUAUCUGCACAACGAUCUCUCGAGCUCUGAGUUCGUGUUCUAGGCGAGAGCUCGCUAGAAUCCGAUGGGUGACAUGCAGAUCGUCCUGGCCGGGAGGAAGAUCGAAGCGCAGUACGUGGAGAUGAAGGUGCCGCUCUACUCCUACGGGUGUGAGAAGAAGAUAAAGAAGGCGCUGUCACAUCUGAAAGGGAUACAUUCGGUCCAGGUGGACUACCACCAGCAGAAGGUGACCGUGUGGGGGAUAUGCAACCGCGACGACGUGCUCGCGGCCGUCCGGAAGAAGCGCCGGGCGGCGCGGUUCUGGGGUGCAGACGAGCCGGGUCCGGGCGAGGAUUUGUGGACGACCGGAGACGCUCCCAAGCACUACCUGGCAGCGUUUACCGCGUACAGGUGUAGGAAGGCGUGGAAGAAGCUUUUCCCGCUGAUCCGGCCGUGACCUUAGCUUUUCGACAAGUGAAUGCAUGCUCGUCGAGUUCGUCGCAGGAACGGCACAGAGGGGUUGUAAGUUUGUAACAGUAGCGCGUGCAUGUUGAUAUCGAAUUAAUGUGCUCUGUUAUUGACUUGUGGAAUGACAUUGCUGUACCGUUUGCACGGAUCAAUGCAGUCCGAUUAGGGCACUAAUCCAUUGCUGUACCGUUGGGGUGGAGAGGAACAAAGGCAACCUCUUCUUUUCUGAAACAUGCGUUGAAUCCCUCCCAAAACAUUAAGCUUGACUAAAUUUUGCUUCAAAUGUAUAGGGAUCUUUGCUUUGGAACUUGAUGUUUGCAUAGAACUUGCACAAAACUCAAUUUUGAAACUUGAUUUUUGUUUCUAAAUUUGCAUGAAAAACGACUGAAACAGUUGAAACUUGAUGGAAACCUUAGUA